AUGUCUUCUGGAACCGCUGCUCCUGUGCUGAACCCGAAGACGGCACGGAUUGGGAAUCCGGCACUUUUAAUCACCACAGCCUCCAAGCUCCUCCGGGCUGCCAAACCCCUUAACAUCCCCAUCUACAUCACCACCCAAAACCGCGCCCGCCUCGGCACGACCGUCUCCGAGCUCGGUCCUUACAUCGACCCAGCCACAAACCCCAAUGUCCGCGCCGACCUCGACAAAACCCUCUUCUCCAUGGUCACCCCGGAGCUGAAGGCCCAAUUCCCAGCACAGCCGCUCGACGCCAUCAUCGUCGGCAUCGAGUCGCACAUCUGCAUCAUGCAGACGACUCUGGACCUGCUGGCGCUGGGCCACAGAGUGUAUGUGGUUGCGGAUGGGGUGAGCAGUGUCAACCCGGAGGAGAGGGUGGUGGCGUUGGCGCGGCUGCGGGAUGCGGGCGCGAUUGUGACGACGAGCGAGAGUCUUUUAUUUGAGAUCAUGGGCGAUGCGAAGCAUGUGGUGUUUAAGCAGGUUAGUGGGCUUGUGAAGGAGACUGGAGACGAGACGAAGAAGGCCCUGGGAGUGUUUUGUGGCAGUAAGAUCUGA